GACGCACCAUGAGCAAUAAUAGUUGUACUGAAGUUCUAAGCAAUUUUUCUUGUGUUUAGACAGUUGAUUUAGUGCCUGACUGUGGACUGUUUGUUUUGAGAUAGGUGACAUGUCAGCAGCAGUGCCAAAUGUUACAUUGAAAAUUGAUCCUCAGGAUCUUCAGAUCCAGACAUUUACAGUGGAGAAGUUGUUGGAACCAUUGAUAAUUCAGGUUACCACAUUAGUGAAUUGUCCACAGACCCCUUCUAAUAAGAAAAAAGGAUGUUCCAAACGAGCCCGUGUCCUCUUAGCUUGUGUGGAAAAAGCCACUUGGAAUCUAUUGGACAAAGGAGAGAAGAUUGCUAAGGAAGCCAUUGUAUUUAAGGAGGAACUUAAUGCAGCACUUAAUGACGUUCGUAAAGAAAGUGAAGCUUUAAGUGCAUCAGCAAGGGAAUUUACCAAUGAUCCCUGUUAUCUGCCUAAAAGGAAAGCUGUUGUUCAAGCAGCACGAUUCCUUCUGGCUGCUGUCACUAGACUUCUGAUUCUGGCAGACAUGAUUGAUGUGGUAUACCUAUUGCAACAUUUAACAGUGUUUCAAAGAACAUAUGAGUCUCUACGAAACGUGUCUAGUAAAUCUGAACUACAGAAAACCUACCAGAAGCUUGGGAAAGAUCUGGAAAAUCUAGAUUAUUUGGCCUACAGACGUCAACAGGAUUUGAAAUCUAGCAAUCAACGAGAUGAAAUUGCAGCAGCACGUGCUUCUCUGAAGGAAAAUUCGUCUCUUCUACAUUCAAUUUGUUCAGCUUGUUUGGAACAUUCAGAUGUUGCAUCCCUUAUAGCCAGCAAGGACUCAAUUUGCAAUGAAAUACAGAGCGCUCUCAAUGUCAUUUCUAAUGCUUCUCAAGGAAUUAGAAAUCAAAAGGUUCAUCCUACGUCUCAUUCAGCUAUGCUAGGAAGUGCACUUGAUGAGCUUGAGAGUUUAAUCAUAUUGGAUCCACUUACAACGAAUGAAGAAAAAAUAAGGCCAUCACUAGAGAAACGUUUGGAAGGGAUUAUCAGUGGGGCAGCACUGUUAGCUGACUCUUCCUGCACACGUGACUUUCAUCGAGAACAAAUAAUCGCAGAGUGCAACGCCAUCCGCCAAGCUCUUCAAGAUCUUCUGUCUGAAUACAUGAAUAAUGCUGACAAGAAAGAAAAGAGUAAUGCCCUGAAUAUUGCAAUAGAUAAUAUGUGCAAGAAGACAAGAAACCUUCGCAGACAGCUUCGGAAAGCUAUUAUAGAUCAUGUCUCAGACUCCUUCUUGGAUACCACUAUUCCACUUCUAGUUCUUAUGGAGGCUGCUAAAAAUGGAAGAGAAAAGGAAAUAAAGGAAUAUACUGCUAUAUUUCGAGAACACACCAGCAGGCUUGUGGAGGUGGCUAAUCUUGCUUGUUCACUAUCAACUAAUGAAGAUGGAAUUAAAAUUGUCCAAAUGGCAGCUAAUCGCAUAGAGACUUUGUGUCCACAGGUUAUUAAUGCAGCUUUAGCUCUUGCUGCCAGACCAAAAAGCCAGGUGGUAAAAAACAGCAUGGAAAUAUAUAAGAGCACAUGGGAGAAUCACAUACAUGUUCUUACUGAAGCUGUGGAUGACAUUACAAGCAUUGACGAUUUUCUUGCUGUAUCAGAAGGCCACAUUCUGGAGGAUGUAAACAAGUGCAUCCUUGCACUGAGAGAACAGGAUGCUGAUGAUUUAGAUCGUGCCGCUGGUGCCAUCCGAGGGCGUGCUGCAAGGGUGGCUCAUAUUGUCUCUGGUGAAAUGGAUAGUUAUGAGCCUGGGGUUUACACUGGAGGAGUGAUGAAAAAAGUUCAGUACUUGACAAAUACUGUGAUUCCAGAGUUUGUUACUCAAGUCAAUAUUGCACUGGAGGGCUUAAGCAGGAACACAAUGCAUCAGUUUGAUGACAACCAGUUUGUGGACAUCUCAAAGAAGGUCUAUGAUACAAUUCAUGACAUCAGAUGUUCAGUCAUGAUGAUUCGGACACCAGAGGAAUUGGAAGAUAUAUCGGACCUUGAAGAAGACUAUGAUGCACAUAGUCACACCAGUGUUCAAACUGAAGGGAAAACUGACAGGGCUAAGAUGACUCAGCUGCCAGAGGCUGAAAAAGAAAAGAUAGCUGAGCAAGUGGCUGACUUCAAGAAAGUCAAAAGUAAGCUUGAUGCAGAGAUUGAAAUAUGGGAUGAUACCAGCAAUGACAUCAUUGUUUUGGCUAAGAGGAUGUGUGUGAUUAUGAUGGAGAUGACAGACUUCACAAGGGGUAGAGGCCCGUUGAAGAAUACAUCUGAUGUGAUUAACGCAGCAAAGACGAUUUCAGAGUCUGGAUCUAGGAUGGAUGUGCUGGCACGACAGAUUGCCAACCAGUGUCCAGAUCAAUCAUGUAAACAUGAUGUAUUGGCUUACCUGGAACAGAUCAAGCUCUAUUGUCAGCAGCUCAAAAUCUGCAGUCAAGUUCAAGCAGAAAUCCAGAAUCUCAGUGGAGAGCUCAUCAUGUCUGCUUUGGAUAGUGUCACUUCACUAAUUCAGGCUGCCAAAAACUUAAUGAAUGCUGUGGUGCAGACAGUGAAGAUGUCCUAUAUUGCCUCCACCAAGAUCAUCAGAAUUCAAAGUCCUACUGGCCCACGACAUGCUGUUGUGAUGUGGAGGAUGAAAGCUCCAGAAAAGAAGCCCCUGAUUAAAAGAGAGAAGCCAGAGGAAAUCUAUGCAGCUGUCAGAAAAGGUUCUGCUAAGAAAAGGAUCCAUCCUGUUCAAGCUAUGAGUGAAUUUAGAGGGAGAGAAAUAAUCUAAAAUUACUAUUCUGCCACUGUACACAUUUCAUAACUUGCAACUGCUCAUAUGGCAUCUUUAUUUUUCCACCUGUUCAAUUCUAUAAGUAUGCUAAUGUUUGGAAAUUCUCUUCUUUUUUCUGUUUAACAUUAACUGUAGGGUAUUUCAUCUUUAAAAAAAGAUAUUUAAAAUGCAGAUUUGAUUAGUUAAUGGUACACAAUUUAAAAUAAUCUUUUAAAAUUCAUCUUAUUUUAUUGCUCACUCUCCUUACAAUGCCUUUUUUUUUUUUUUUUGCAGCUGAGCAUUUUGAAUGAUAGGUUAGGAUGCUGUGUUAUAGUAAGAGUUAGCUUUCAUGUAAUUGAAAGGCAAGGAACAAGCAGUCAAAUUCAUCCCUGGUGUAACUCUUGAGUUCAGUGGGGUUACACCAGAGAUGAAUGUGGCCUGACAGUUUUAUAUUCAGAAGGCUUUAUGACAUACAGGCUUCUGUGGAUAGUGUAUAUUGGGCCACCUCCUUAGCUGGCAUAAAUCAAAGGAAAUGUUCUGAGUUACACCACAUAGGGAUCUAGCCCAUUCACUUAUGUAAAUCGAAAGACAUUUUAAAAAGAUUUUUUUUCAUAAACGUUAGAUAUAAACAAAAAUGGAAUAAAAGUUUUAAAAUAUUUGGCAGAACAAAAGGUGGAUUGUAACAAUGUAAUAAUAAAAUACAGCUGGUUGUAAUGAAACUAUAGCAAUAGUAAUAACUCAAAGUUUCAAAGAUCUCUUUCAAUUUUAAAUAUUAAUCCACAUUCUGUUUCCUGGCCUGUUCUAUGAUUGUUACUCAUCUUCAUAAAUCCUAAUAAAUCUGGUAAUAACUAAAUUAUUUUAGAAUAUUUUGUUAAAAGAUAGAGG